GCCGAAGACGGCUCCUGUCAAGAGGGGGAGACGGAUGCAGCAUGAUUGAUCAACGACGGGCGGGCGAAAGAUUCGUUGUAUAUAUUUACGUCAAUACACUCUUAGUUGGCAUCAGCCGCGGUUUCUUCCAUCUUGUUGCCACUAUCAAAACACUUCUCAAAGUAAACAGCUAGCAAAUCAAGCAACUAUACUCAUCUGUGUCAUUUACAAGACCACUCAGUAACCCGUCGCGAACCGUCACCACCACCACCAUGUCGUUCGAAACCAAAUCCACCAUCGCCACCUUCGGCGGCAAGCUCCUCAAGCUCUCACACACCUCCACCACGACCAAAACCCCCAUGAACGUAAACCUCUACCUACCCCCGGCCUCCAGCACCACCAAAGUCCCCGUUCUCAUCUACCUCUCGGGCCUAACCUGCACGCCCGACAACUGCUCCGAAAAAGGUUUCUUCCACGCCGCCGCCAGUGCGGCCGGCAUCGCCAUCCUCUACCCGGAUACCUCACCGCGCGGCGCCAACCUGCCCGGCGAAACUGACAGCUGGGACUUCGGAGCCGGGGCUGGGUUCUACAUCAACGCGACGGUGGAGCCAUGGAGCGGACACUACAACAUGGAGUCGUACGUGACAUCGGAGCUGCCCGAGGCGAUUUUCGAACAGUUCGGGGAUAAGCUCGAUAGCGGACGGGUUUCGAUUACGGGGCACAGCAUGGGAGGCCACGGGGCGCUGACACUGUUUCUCAAGAACCCGGGGAAGUACCGCAGUGUGAGUGCGCUGGCGCCAAUCUGUAACCCGAGCCAGUGUCCGUGGGGAAAGAAGACGUUUGCGGGGUACUUUGGGACAAGGGAUAAGGAGGAGUGGAAGAAGCACGAUGCGACGGAGCUGGUCAAGGGGUGGAAGCAUGAUGGAGGGAAGUUGCCGUUGUUGAUUGAUGUCGGUACGGGGGAUAACUUUUAUAAGCAAGGACAGCUGCUGCCUGAGAAUCUGGAGAAGGCGGUUAAGGAGGCUGGGGUGGAGGGCGUAAAGUUCAGGUAUCAGGAGGAUUACGAUCAUUCGUACUACUUCAUUUCGUCGUUUGCGAAGGAUCAUGUCGAGCAUGCGGCUAAAUACUUGUUCUGAUUUGGGGUAUGGGGAGACCAAGCAGUCCAAUCCAAUGAUUCGUGUAUACACACUAUUCCCGCAGUAUACUGAAGUACAAGAUAUUCAUGCAGGACAUUGGUGGACACGCAUUAGACUGGUGGCGACAUUCUAACAUCAGUGUCUAAUAAGUUGGUAUAUCAUGGCAUUUGUACUCGAGUAGUCAGUGCACCUCCCAAUCGAUGCUAGACACUUCAAGAAUGAAGUCGUGAAUCGCAUGAAGAAAAAGAGCAAGCGGCUAGUUUGUAGAAGCAAUGCAAGUUACUCCAGGUAUCCAAAAGGGCCAAGUUCCCCCUUCAUUCGUGACGUUAACUCCGGUCGCUCUAUGCUUCAGAACGCCAUGCAAGAUGAUUUGCUGCCCGUCGUCUAACUGACGGGGGGCCGGGGGGGG